ACCACUUCUUCCAUCCAUCCACCCGUUUGACACUCUAUACUGAUUGCAUCCAGGGCAGAAUAGAGUAAUUCUGGUCCAAGGACAUUUGCUUCUUAUUCCUACAGUCCCGAAUCCUGUGCCCGGCAGAGUAUUUUGCAUCAAGGUCUCAUUUACUGGCAGAGAUGAGUUUCAGUCAGUCUGGAGCUGCAGCUGUACCCUGACAGUCUUUCUGCUCUGAAGGAGGAGGAGCCGAGUCUGGGAGGGAGGUGGUGGAGGCCCUGGGGAGGAGGAGCCCGGAGAGAUGACCAGCCUGGUGGGCGGUGCCCCAGGUGGAGUCUGAGCAUGGGGGUGGAGUUUGGAGGCCUGGGAGGAGUUUAAGGCAUCAGAAGGGAUCAGUGGAGUGAAGGCCUUGUAAGUGAGGGAGGGCAGGGCUUAGGGAGGAGAGGCAGUCAGUGCUUGAGUUCUGGGCCUGUGUGUGAUUGGAGGAAAGGGCCCAAACAUCAUGAGGACUAGGAAGAGCCUUCUUAAGUGGGCUGAUGGGAAGCCGGAAGUGUUUGAGCUGAGAUCCCUCUGCCUUCCACAUGCCCCCUCUGUGCUUGCAGAUCCCAGGAUUGAGAGAGAAUGGCUCCUGGAAGUAGCAGACCCCCAGCCCAGCUUCCUCUCUCUAGUUCUGAAGUGGCUUUCAGCUCAUUGUCCUCUGACUUCUGAUGAUUUAGGAGUCAGUGACAUUCAAGGAUGUGGCUGUGGACUUCACUCAGGAGGAGUGGGGGCUCUUGGACCCCCCUCAGAAGGAGCUGUACAAGGAGGUCAUGCUGGAGAAUGCCUGGAACCUGCUCUCCCUGGGGCUUCCUGUUCCCAGAGAAGAUGUGAUCUCUUAUUUUGAGCAAAGGGAAGCACCGUGGAUGCUGGAGCAAGAAGGCCUGAGGCGCUGCUGUGCAGGAGAUAAAAGACUUGAAAUAAAAGAGACUUCUGCAGAGAUAGGCCUUUCUUUGGAACAAACUCACCAGCAAAGAUGCAUAAAUAAUGAUCCCUCUGAUAUUGAUGGGAGAGAAAUCUCUGCUGUAACACAUCAGAGAAUUCACACUGGGGAGAAACCUUUUGAAUGUAAUCAAUGUGGAAAGACUUUCACACGGAGGUCACAUCUUGUUAGACAUCAGAAAAUCCCCAUUGGAGAUAAACCUUUUGAAUGUAAUCAGUGUGAAAAGACUUUCACAUCCAGGUCAUAUCUUGUUGUCCAUCAGAGAAUCCAUACUGGAGAAAAACCUUUUGAAUGUAAUCAGUGUGGGGAGACUUUUACAUGGAAGGCAUCUCUUAUUAAACAUCAGAGAAUCCACACUGGAGACAAAUCUUUUGAUUGUAACCAAUGUGGAAAGACUUUCAAAUGGAGGUCCCAUCUUGUUAGACAUCAGAGUAUCCAUACUGGAGAGAAACCUUUUGAAUGUAAUCAAUGUGGAAAGACUUUCACAUUGAGGUCCCAUCUUGUUGCCCAUCAGAGAAUCCACACCGGAGAGAAACCUUUUGAAUGUAAUCAAUGUGGAAAGACUUUCACAUCAAGGUACCAUCUUAUUAACCAUCAGAGAAUCCACACUGGAGAGAAACCUUUUGAAUGUAAUCAAUGUAGAAAGACUUUCACAUCUAGGUCGUAUCUUGUUAUCCAUCAGAGAAUCCACACUGUAGAGAAACUUUUUGAAUGUAAUCAGUGUGGAGAGACUUUCACAUGGAAGGCAGCUCUUAUUAAACAUCAGAACGCACACUGCAGGGAAACCUUUUGAAUGUAUCCAAUGUGGAAAGACUUUGGCAUCGAGAUCAACUCUUGUUAAACACCCAAGAAUCCAUACUGGAGAGAAACCUGUUGAAUGUAAUCAAUGUGGAAAGACUUUCACAUGAAUGUCAGAUCUUGUUAGACAUCAGAGAAUCCACACUGGAGAGAAAGCAUUUGAAUGUAAUCAAUGUGGAAAGAUUUUCAAAUGAAGGUCAGCUCUUGUUAAACAUCAGACAAUCCACAGUGGAAAGAAACCUUUUGAAUGUAAGCAAUGUGGAAAGACUUUCAAAUGAGGUCAACUCUUGUUAGACAUCAGAGAAUACAUACUGGAGAGAAUGGAAAGUGGAAAGACUUUCACAUGGAUGUCAACCCUUAUUACCCAUCAGAGAAUCCAUACUGGAGAAAAACCUUUUGAACGUAAUCCCUGUGGGGAGACUUUCACAUGGAAGGCAGCUCUUGUUCAACAUCAGAGAAUAGAAGAAAAAAUGAAAGAAAGUAAAAAAUAGCAUGCCUCAGUCUGUUUCAUCAAUGUCAGUUCUUUCUUUGGAGGUGGAUGCUAUGUUUCAUCAAUAAUCCUUUGGGAUUG